AUGGCGAUGAAUAACGAAAAAAUGUCCCGUUUCAAACCAGAGUCCUUGUACGAGCAGAAGCCAUCGUCAGCGAUUCACUCGCUCGAGGCCUUUGUCGGCAAGAUCGACUUUGACCAGGUUUCCCAUCACCUCUGGCAAGGUUCCAUGAUGGCUUCGCCCUCGUCUACUGCCGCCUAUUUAAUUCACGCAUCACACUGGGACGAAGAAGCCGAAGCGUACCUCCGCCACGUUAUCAAGGCCGGUGCUGGGCAUGGCAGCGGCGGAAUCCCCGGAACAUUUCCGAUAACGCAUUUUGAGUACAGUUGGGUUCUGGCGACACUACUUCGGAGCGGCUUUUCCAAGUUGGAUCUAGAAUGCGCGGAACUACAAUGCAUGGCAAAUACCCUCCGCAAGGCCUUUGAAGAAGAAGGUGGCAUCAUUGGGUUUGCAAUAGCCCCGCGCGCCCCAGACGUGGAUGAUACAGCCAAAGGCCUUUUGGCUCUAAGCCUGCUGGAUCACCAAGUUAGCCCGGAUCGAAUGAUUGAGGGCUACGAAGGACAGGAUCAUUUCAUUACAUUCGGCUCAGAACGGGAUCCGAGUCUCACAUCCAACUGUCACGUCCUCGUCGCCCUUCUUCACCAGCCAGAUGUUUCUUGUUACCAUUCGCAAAUCUUAAAGACGACCAAAUACAUCUGUGGACACUGGUGGUCCAGUGAUUGCCAUGUAAAGGACAAAUGGCACCUGAGCCACCUGUAUCCGACCAUGCUCUUAGCAGAAGCCUUUACACUGUUCCUUGAACUCCUAGACGGUGGUGCCCUUUCUGAUAUUGUCAGUCAGGAACUUCAUUCGAGAGUUUGCAUUUCCUUGUUUCAGGCUUGCUUCCGGACGCUGAUGGAGCAAGAAGAGGACGGCUCUUGGGGCGGGCUCCCAGAGCAAACCUGUUAUGCCAUCCUGACGCUAGCCGAGGCCCGAAAGGGAUUAUUUUUCCGGGAUCUGCUGGUCCAGAUACAAGCUGCUAUUGACCGUGGGGUUCUUUUUCUGGACUCCCGUGAUUACCAGCGAAUGGAUCACGGCUGGGCCUCGAAAACAGCUUAUCGAGUUGCUUUUGUCGCAGAAGCGUAUGAGAUUGCCGCUCUCAACGUUCCUCAUGUGAAGCAGACCAUUGGAGCUGUUGGCCAUAGUCUCCCACCUGCUCUCACCGCGACAGAGCUGAAUGGAGACGAGAUCCACAUAGCCGAGGACAAGUAUCUAAACAUCAUCCCCUUUACGUGGAUUGGUUGUAACAACAGGAUCGACGAACUCAUCGAGGCUGUCGCUUCGCCUGCUAUCAAAGAUGUCUCUAUCCUACAUGAACUAAUCGAUCAGAUCAUUGAUGGCACGGUUCAACAGCAGAGCAGCGAUCCAUCUAAUAACACGAAUCGCUUCAAAAAUGCUCAAUCAACCACCGGUGACCUUGUCGGAAGCAAUUCGCUAGCGCCCCAGGAAGUCAGCGUUCCUUUGACUCGCUUCGUGGCAUAUGUUCUCAACCACGAGCUAGUUUUGACCAGCAGUGCUUGGGAUCGCCAGAACUUGUAUCAUGAGCUGCGAGCUUUUCUGCAUGCCCAUGCAACUCAAGCUGAGGAAAAUUCACGGUUUGAGCAGCAAGGGCUGCAGAACAACACUGUCUACACAUCCGCCAGGCGAUCCUUUUUCAACUGGGUUCCGGCAUAG